AUGAAUGUUCUGGAAGAUUUAGAGAAUGAUUCACUAGAUGAUGAUAUGUUAGACAAUAACAAGGGUCAAGAAGAGAGCAAUACAAAUAGCUCUUCACGAGGAACGCCUGUUAGAAAAAGUUUAUUUUAUAAAAGUUCAUCACCAGUACCAAACACGAUAAUAAACCGCAAGGAAACACCGGAUGUCAUUUCCUCAAUGAAAAGGAUAAGGUUUUAUGAAGAUGAUACUACUAACUCAGGUUUUAUAUCACCCAAAAUGAAGGAGGUGAAAAAAUUGACAUUAAAUCGCAGUAGGCAAAUUAAACUGAACCAAUUGAAGAGGCUUAAAGAUACGAAAACAUCGAAGAUUGAUCCAUGGGAUUUUAGAAAGGCACUAGUUUUAGAAUUCACACAAUUGCUGAACUCAAGCGACGAUCAUGAAGAUGAAGAAGGUGAUAACAUUCAUUGGAAAAAAAUCAAAAAGGAAUUAAGUAAUUCUAUUAUUCAAUUGGCAGAAGUUAACAUGAAAGGGGCCAUUCAAGAAGUAUUUAACAAGUAUAGUUUUGAGCUGACAACUGUUUUACAUGGCGAUGGUAGUGAAACGGAUAAAGUUUUGAAGACAAAGGAAACUCUUAUGGGAGAAAUCCUUGGAAGAAUGCAGGUUAGCCUAAAUGGAUCUAAAUUACCCGCUGGUACUGAUGAUCAAGACAUGGAUGUCGAAUACAUUGUUGCAAAGAGAAAGGUUAUACAAGAAAGGUAUAUGAAGGAACUGAAAAGUUUAGAGAAUCUAGAAGUCGAGAUAUUCAAGCAAAAGGAGAAGCUGAAAGAGACCAGAACAUUUAUAGAGAAUCUCAAGCAAACUAAUACGCAAACUUUAACAAACAAGCUAAUAAAUAACGAUCUUCAUCCAAUUUUAAACAAAGCUAUUGAAAAUGAUUAUGGUAUUAUCAAACCGGACAAUGGACUUUCGAAUGAUUUAUCUAUUUAUAAAAAGGAUAUUGCACAGUAUAAUCUACACAUUGAGGACGUUUCCAUUGACGAUACAGUGCUUCCGAAGGCACCCGUCAGCAGUGAAGAUGUAAUAUCAGCGUUACCAUCGCUACGUAAAUAUAGAGAAGCAGCUACCGCGCUAACUGAGAAUAUAUCUAGGUUUUUGAAGGAUCAAGAUGAUAUAGUGCGAACACUAGCCUCAGCAAAUGAAACUAUAUAG